AUUUUGUAAUACGCUAGGAAGUGCGAUGAUGAAACUGAAACGUGUGGGGAGGGUUAGGAUUGACGGGUCUACGGUGAUAUCCGUGGACUUGCAACAGGAAAUUAUUCAUCGCUCCAAUACCCACAGUGUAUAUAUUAAUAUUGCCAAAUCGAGACCUGGCGCUGCGAACUGUGGUUGGACUGCUGUCUUUGUCCCCUCUCUUUUAGUUUUCUCUCUCUAAAGAGCUCUCUCUCGAAACCCUCUCGACCACAGAAAAACCCUAGCUUUAUCUGUGAAUCCAGCAUAAAAUGGGUUCAGAAGGAUCAGGGGUUGUGGUUCCAAGGAAUUUCAGAUUACUGGAAGAGCUUGAGAGAGGGGAAAAGGGAAUUGGCGAUGGAACUGUCAGUUAUGGAAUGGAUGAUGCUGAUGAUAUAUACAUGCAGUCGUGGACUGGGACUAUCAUUGGUCCUCCUAAUACCGUUCAUGAAGGGCGCAUCUACCAGUUGAAACUGUUCUGUGGUCAGGACUAUCCGGAUAAUCCACCAACUGUGAAGUUCCAGACUCGGAUAAAUAUGACCUGUGUCAAUCAGGAAACUGGAGUGGUCGAACCUAGUCUUUUCCCCAUGCUUGCUACUUGGCAGAGGGAGCAUACAAUGGAGGACAUAUUGACUCAAUUGAAGAAAGAAAUGAUGUCUCCCCAGAAUCGAAAGCUGGCUCAGCCUCCUGAAGGUUUGUUAAUUUUGUUUCUGGUGAUUGACAGAAAUAGUGUUUUCUUUCUAUCUCUUCAAGAUUGUUAAAAAAAAAAUAAAAGGGAAGAUUGUCUUUGUAGAAUCCAUGCUAUGUCAAUUUAUUUUCUGUCAGCCGGGACUGCUUAGUGAAUGGGUGGUUAGAAAGUUGGAUUGCUGUAAAAGCUCGUGAAGAUUGGAUGGCCUAAAUUUACUGAUAGCAGUGGUUGUUAUCAGAUGAUGUAACUGGUUCCAUGUUUCUGUUGAAUCUUGAUACACUUGUCUAAAUAGCCUAUAUUUGCUCUAGAAUAUAUUAUUUGGGGUUAUGAGGUUGGUCACAGUGGGAACAUUUUUUUUUUCAGGCAAUGAAGAGGCGAGGAUUGAUCAAAAAGGGCUUGUCCUGAAGUGUUGUAUUCUCUGAAAUGGGUGGGAGUUGAAUGAGCAUGAUAAUGUAUAUAAAAUACAUACAUUAGAUGAUUCCAACUCUCGGCUUAGUUUAUUUAUUACAUAUGUUUGUGUCUGAGAAAGGAGACCAGAGUAAAAGGAUCAAUCCUCAAUCCUCAAUCCUGGGAUUGUUGAUGUUAAAUGUUUUUAGUGUCAAAUGGUAGCUCAGCUGAAUAAGUCGGAUUCUUCAGUGAAUUGAUGACAUUUAAUAUUCCAUAAAAUUGUUGUCUAUAUUAUUUACUAUGAGAUGGAUGUGAUGCACCAGUGCAUUUAAAUAAGAAACCAGGCAUGUCCCUCUUGAACCUUGAUCUGGCUGGUUCUGGGUUUAUCAUUA